CCUCCGUAAUCCUAGCCCAGCAAUCGCUUCGUACGACAGCUACAGCUCCAUCCAAUAUGUCAGCCACAGGAACCUCCUCCGGCCACCCCAUUGCUACUCUUGAUACCUCAAUUGUGCCCCGUCUUCCAGCCUCUUCGCCUACUCUGUUCGAGGCCAAGAAGAUCAAGAACCUUUCCUUCGAGACCAUCGCAAAGGCCCUCGGACGCGAGGAGGUCGCCGUAGCAGCUCUCUUCUACGGACAGGCCAAGGCCUCCCCCGAGGAUAUCAAGAACCUGGCCCAGGUCCUCGAGCUUGAUGAGUCGCUUCUCGAGUCACAACUUUCUGGUUACCCAGACCGCGGUCGUCAAAUGGAGAUGCCCCCCAAGGAGCCUCUGGUCUACAGACUUUUCGAGAUCAUCCAAAACUACGGCUAUGCCUACAAAGCUGUUCUCAACGAGAAGUUUGGUGACGGCAUCAUGAGUGCUAUCAGCUUCAGCACCAAGAUUGAGAAGGAGACUGAUGAGAAGGGUGACUGGGCUGUUAUCACUCUCAGGGGCAAGUGGCUUCCCUUCUCUAGAUUCUAAACAUUGUUUUGUACCCC